GCCACAUCCCACCAGUCUGGCGUGUUUCCUCUUUGACGAGUCGUAGAGCCAACGCUUCCCCUCGCCGUCCCAGAUCGCAUAACGACUGCGAUCCCGACGCAGAUUUUGUACACGGCACCAUUAUCAGGACACCUCCCGAUCCGAUUCUGCUCCUGACACCGCCCCCGCAACCCGACAAUAUGGCCGAGGAACCGCCCACGAAGAGGAAAUGUCUUGGCGUCGACUGCGAAAAUGAAGCCAGCUCUUUGCAGUGUCCGAAGUGCCUUAGCCUAGGCAUCAAAGACAGCUACUUUUGCUCCCAGGACUGCUUUAAAAAGAACUGGGCUACGCACAAGAGCGUACACAAACAAGAGAACAAAACCGGCUACUACAACCCAUUCCCGACUUUCAACUUCACCGGACCCCUACGGCCGGUAUACCCGCUCUCCCCAAGGCGCCAGGUGCCCAAGUCGAUACCGCAUCCAGACUAUGCCGAAGAUGGCAUUCCCAAAAGCGGGAGGUCGCUCGUCAGGGCCAACAAGAUCCAGCAGCUAGACGCCAAGGCCCAGGAGGGGAUGCGCAAGGUGUGUCGGUUGGCGAGAGAAGUGCUGGACAUUGCCGCCGCGGCAAUCCGGCCGGGCAUCACAACGGACGAGAUUGACGAGAUAGUGCACAAUGCCUGCAUUGAGCGGAAUUCAUACCCGUCCCCCCUAAACUACAAUCACUUCCCCAAGUCAGUAUGUACCUCUGUGAACGAGGUUAUCUGCCAUGGGAUUCCCGACCGGCGUGUGCUGCUGGAUGGCGACAUCGUUAACCUCGAUGUGACGCUCUACCAUGAGGGGUACCACGGCGAUCUCAAUGAGACAUACUACGUUGGUAAUCGGGCCAGGGCCGACCCCGACACAGUGCGCGUCGUAGAGACCGCGCGGGAGUGUCUUGAGGAGGCGAUCAAGCUGGUUAAGCCCGGCACACUGUUCCGCGAGUUCGGAAACGUCAUCGAGGCGCACGCCAAAUCCAGGGGCUGCAGUGUUAUCCGCACUUACGUCGGCCACGGCAUCAACAGCAUCUUCCACUGCCCGCCUAACAUUCCGCAUUAUGCCAAGAAUAAGGCGGUCGGCGAGUGCAAGCCGGGAAUGACCUUCACCAUUGAGCCCAUGAUCGCGCUUGGGAAAUAUCGGGAUGUGACGUGGCCUGACAACUGGACGAGCACAACAAUAGAUGGCAAGAAGACGGCGCAGUUUGAACACACUCUCCUCGUGACGGAAACAGGCGUGGAGAUUCUAACGGCUCGAAAAGCGGAUUCCCCCGGCGGGCCGAUUCCCAUGCUUGCCGCUGCGUCAGAAACGCCUAACGGCACGAAAUAGGAUGGCGGGUGAUCGAGGCGCGAUCGUCUGUGUCAUUAAUGGGAGCGCAGGCUGAGGCAGGCUUUGUGAUACCCAACAAUAGCUUAGCAUAACCGUAGACUCAUCAGAACAACGGUACUGUGCCUCCAGUGAUCAAGCUUAUGGCGGUCGGCGCCCUCCAAAUGGCGUUCAUUGCAACUUCCAGGAUCAGAUUGUCUCUAGUACAAUAUUUCAGAGCAUUGGCCCAUGCAUCACAAGGAUAUGUUGUGUCUUGUACACCAUUCCGACCCUCCCCUGAUACAAC